CAUCGUUAAAGUUUGGAGCCCUCGGGGAGUAAGAUAGAGAAGACUACAAAGCAAACUACCUGCGCAACGGACGAUUUGGAGUGUUCGCAAACACACAGGGAGAGCGCAGCCGUCAACGGAUUGUAGCCUGCGGCAGUAACGACGAACGGACAAACUGAAGGAGUUCGUCAUACGAUCAACAAUCCAUCACUUGAACGACGCCGUUUACCUGUCUUGAGCCAACGAGAGAGCGAGAAGGAGAGGCGGCAAAAUUACUCUCGCAUGUCGCAGGUGUUACCUGGUGGGCUCUAUAAGACGCUAAUACUCUUACUUGCUCUGGUUAGUCUGUUUUUGAGCUCGGAGUACGGUGGUGGUGAACGGUGAUCGCGUCUUCGUUGAGUGCCUGGGUAUUUCCGAAGGGACUGAGCGACUGUGAAGAGAGUGAAGGUGCCAAUCUGAGGGCGACAAGGGGCCUUUUGGACAAAGGAAGAAUAAUAAGUUUAUAGUUGGACUUUGCAAUCAUGAAGGUGAAUAGCACGACACUGGUGAAACUGCUGGGAGUGGGAAGAGCCGAUGAUCACGACCAUGACCAUGAUCACGACGACCACGAGGAAGAUGAAACAGAGUCGAUUGUGUUUGCCAAAUGUACUGCAAUGUUCGUCCUAUUUUUCGUUAGUAUGGUAUGUGGAAUGGCUCCUUUCAAAUUGGCUCAAUGGUUCAAGUGGACGGAUAAAGCUGCCGAUGCAAAAGCAACUUUGCUGGUAUCGUUACUACUUUCGUUUGGUGGGGGAGCCCUGCUAUGUACUACCUUCCAACAUCUGCUACCGGAAAUCAACGAAACAAUCCUUCAUUUGACGGAAGCUGGACUUAUGCCCCAGCUGAGCUUUAGCUUGGGAGAAUUUUUGAUGUGCGCUGGUUUCUUCAUCAUCUAUUUCGUGGAAGAACUAGUGCACCUUUAUCUUCAUCGGCAUGAGCGCAAAAUGAAUGACGCCAAAAUUAACGAGCUGGAAGUGGCGGGAGGAGCCAUUAUGAGAGGCACCCAUGCAAGAGAAAGCAUUAUCAUGCGCAAGAAAAACAGCGAAAUUCGCAACGGAAGCAUCUCUACAGCAGAUCUAAUCUCAAACGACUUGGAGAACCAGAAGCGGGGAAUCGCAACGGAAACGGAAGUGGUUCGCAGCAGCUCGCAACAUCCACACGACCAUCACGUUCAUCACCACAUACCACCCACUGAUAUUGACGACGGAAAUUUGGUCUCUUCGAUUCGCGGUUUGUUGAUCGUUUUGGCGUUAUCGGUUCAUGAACUCUUCGAGGGACUCGCCGUUGGCCUCGAAGGAUCCACCUCUACAGUUUGGCUUAUGUUUGGCGCCGUUUCUGCGCACAAGUUUGUGAUCGCGUUCUGCGUGGGAGUUGAACUCAUCGUGGCCCGAACCAAGUUCUGGCUAGCCGUUGCCUACAUCUUCACCUACUCCGUGGUCAGUCCGAUGGGAAUCGGCAUUGGAAUUCUGCUGAGCAACGGAAGCGCCUCGGAUAGCACCCAGGUGGUGUCGGUCGUCCUGCAGGGACUUGCAUCCGGCACGCUGCUGUAUGUAAUCUUCUUCGAAGUUCUGUCCAAAGAACGCUCCGGACUGUGGCAAUAUUUGGCCGUAUUUGUCGGAUUCUUCUUCAUGUUCGGCAUUAAGUUCCUAACUGGACAUGGACACAGUCACAGUCACGCAGUUGUCGGCGGAGGAGACGAUCAUGAUCAUGACCACGACCACGAUCACGAUAGCCACUAGUGCUGGGCUCGGCUUUUCUUUCAAUGGCAGAAAAGUUUGUAGUUUAGUAGUUAGAGCUAUUAGAGCAUAUACGAGCCUUUCGUCAAUCAUUGUUCGCAGUCUAAGAAAAAAAAGUGCAUGAGGUGUUAUGGAUGAAGAUAGGAGCAAUGCAGAAGUGAGAAGGGGUGUUUCUACACUGUUGACAUUCCGGAGAUUCAAACGAGUGUGGUAUAUACCAGAGAGCAGCAGUAAAACGAAGCUAAACAGUAUUUGUGGCCGGCGUCCGAAACUCUUUGCAGCUGUGAUAGUGAAAAACGAGGAGAGUUAUAUUUAAACAAGUAGACAUUUCUUAUAAUUUUUAUAAUAGUCUGUUUAGGAAGCGUGAAACCAGCAUAGGAUUUUAUCAAUAAUGAAGCCUAAACUAUGCACAUCGAGCUUUUCAAAUAGACAAAAUUAAACAAUUCCAAACAUAUGAAAGACAAUAGUUUAUAGGACCUUUAAAAUAAAACUCUAGAAUUGUUCAAAGCUUCAUUUGAAAAGCUCAGUUACUGUGGGCUCAAGUGUCGUAAUGAUAUACUUAAUUUUUAAAUCCAAAAAGACUUCAAUUUUAUGAUCAAUACAUGUAAUAGCAUCUGUUAAGUGCCUUAUUUGUAACAAGAAUAGAAUAAAAUCAGUGCCAAAUCAA